GCCCCGACGGUGCUCGAGUAUAGCAAUGACAAUCAUCUUGGGAGAUGGCUCCGAGGGCCUGCUGGCCGUCCAAUCAGGACGCCAGCAGAGCUAACCACCACAACUUCGCAACAACCUCCAGCUGUGCUGCGGAUGACUUCUUCCUCGUCCACGCGCCCUCUCGUCCGUCCGAUCGCCAGCCUGUCCAUCCACCACUCCUGACCGGCUGAGAGGCGACGUCUUUGGUCUUGUGGAUGUCCUCCGCCCUGCUUCCGGCGUGCAGAAGGGGCUUCUCCGUUGCUACUGCGUCUCCCGGUCCAGCACGACCUGCGCCUGCGCCGUGUUGCUCUUCUCCCUCGCAGACCCCCGGCCUGUCUGUCCCGAACUCGAUUUCUCCAAGCUCUUCCAGCUUCCUGUCGAUCUCCCGUGGUCUCGUGGUACCUGCUCCAGGGUCCUGCACACCUCGACGUCAGCUUCCUCGCCGCCUGAAGAAUUGUUAUAAGGAUCUAGCUACAAGCGGAGCUUGCAGUCAACUGGGACGAAGACCCUCUACCACCUCGUCCUUGCUCGACAUAAACCGUUCCAUCCGAUCUCUCCUUCUUUCAAUCCCGGCUCGAAAGACCCCGGGUUAUAUUGCCGUCCGCGCAUUGCGCAAUUUCUGCACCUCUUCCGCAUCCGACAUGGAGAGGACAGGCGAGAUGCGUUCGAAGCGCAAGCACAGCCCUGUCGCUGGCACUGAUCGCCCUGCGAAACACUUGAAACCAGAAACCUCUGCGCUGACGCCGGGGGAUUCAACACCGGCCAAUGGAACGGUGUACAGCAUCGAAGAUGACGCCGACACUGCUCCCGCGCUGCCGCUGGUCCCAGCUCCGGCAGACUCGCCAGAAUGGCAGGCCACAAUAGAGAACGUCGUGAAGAGUGUCGUCUCGAUCCAUUUCUGUCAGACAUGCUCCUUUGAUACAGACCUGUCGAUGGCUAGUCAGGCAACGGGUUUUGUGGUCGAUGCGGAGAAAGGAUACAUUUUGACCAAUAGACAUGUUGUCUGCGCUGGACCUUUCUGGGGUUAUUGCAUUUUUGAUAAUCAUGAGGAGUGUGACGUCAAACCCAUAUACCGCGAUCCGGUCCACGACUUCGGUAUCCUCAAAUUCGACCCGGCCGCCAUCAAAUAUAUGAAGUUGACAGAGCUGAAACUGCAACCGGAUGCCGCCCGCGUGGGUGUCGAGAUCCGUGUGGUUGGUAACGAUGCGGGAGAGAAGCUCAGUAUUCUCUCCGGUGUGAUCAGUCGUCUUGACAGGAACGCUCCCGAGUAUGGCGAGGGCUACAGUGACUUUAAUACCAACUACAUCCAGGCAGCGGCGGCAGCAAGUGGUGGAAGUUCCGGCAGUCCGGUGGUGAAUAUCGAUGGUCAUGCAAUCGCCCUGCAAGCCGGAGGUCGUGCUGACGGGGCGGCGACGGACUAUUUCCUGCCUCUAGACCGUCCACUGCGUGCUCUAGAGUGUAUCCGUAGGGGUGAACCUGUCACCCGUGGUACCAUCCAGACUCAAUUCAUGAUCAAGCCUUUCGACGAGUGUCGUCGUUUAGGGCUGACUCCGGAAUGGGAGGCUGCUGUUCGUACAUCAGCUCCAACGGAGACGGGCAUGCUGGUGGCUGAGAUUGUGCUUCCAGAGGGACCCGCUGAUGGCAAGCUUGAGGAGGGAGACGUGCUCCUGGAGAUCAACGGGGAACUCAUCACACGGUUCGUGAGACUGGAUGAUAUCCUGGAUUCGAACGUCGGAAACACGAUCAAACUCCUUGUCCAGAGGGGCGGAGAGGAUAUUGAACUUGAAUGUCAGGUGGGAGACUUGCAUGCAAUCACUCCCGACCGCUUCGUCUCUGUUGCAGGCGGAACAUUCCAUGAUCUCUCCUACCAGCAGGCGAGAUUGUACGCCAUCGCCACUCGCGGUGUGUACAUCUGCGAGGCGGCCGGCUCCUUCAAGCUGGAAAACACCGUGUCCGGUUGGAUCAUAGAUACGAUCGACAAACGCCCAACUAGGGAUUUAAAGGAGUUCAUCGAAGUCAUGAAGACUAUCCCAGAUCGGGCCAGAGUCGUUGUCUCUUACAGACAUAUCCGGGAUCUACACACCAGAGGAACUAGUAUCGUCUACGUCGACCGCCACUGGCAUCCCAGGAUGCGCUUGGCCGUACGAAAUGACGACACUGGUCUAUGGGACUUCUCUGAUCUCGCCGAUCCGAUACCAGCGGCACCCCCAGUCCCCAGAAAAGCCGACUUCAUCAGGCUCGAGGGAAUCAGUCAGCCUGCUGCAGCUGACAUUGUUCGAAGCUUCGUCAGGGUCUCCUGCACGAUGCCUCUCAAGCUCGAUGGCUACCCUCAGGCCAAGAAGACUGGAUUCGGUCUUGUUGUUGACGCGGAAAAGGGCCUUGUAGUUGUCUCUAGGGCUAUCGUUCCGUAUGAUCUAUGUGAUAUCAACAUCACGGUUGCGGAUUCAAUCAUUGUCAGUGGCAGGGUCGUCUUCUUGCACCCACUACAGAACUAUACUAUCGUGCAAUACGACCCGAGUCUGGUCCAGGCUCCCGUUAAGAGCGCUAAACUGAGCACGGAGAACAUCAAGCAGGGCCAGGAAACCAUUUUUGUGGGAUUCAAUCAGAACUUCCGCAUAGUAGUGGCCAAGACGACUGUCACGGACAUCACCACUGUAGCCAUCCCGGCGAAUUCAUCUGCUCCGAGAUACCGUGCCAUCAAUCUUGACGCUAUUACAGUGGAUACUGGUCUCAGUGGACAGUGUACCAAUGGUGUGCUCAUUGGCGAGGAUGGUGUUGUGCAGGCUCUCUGGUUGAACUACUUGGGAGAGCGCACUGCCAAUAGCCACAAGGAUGUCGAGUAUCAUCUUGGCAUGGCCACUCCUUCGCUUCUGCCUAUCGUCAGCAAAAUUCAGCAGGGAGACAUCCCUAAGCUGCGGAUCCUAAAUAUGGAGAGCUAUGUUGUGCAGAUGAGCCAGGCGCGGAUCAUGGGCGUGUCGGAUGAAUGGAUCGAGAAAGUUGCUCAGGCCAACCCGACCCGACAUCAGCUCUUCAUGGUACGAAAGGUGGAUGUGCCACCUCCAUCGUUCAAAUCUGCCACGGAUGCUCUGCAGGAGGGUGAUAUCAUCUUGACCCUGAACGGCAACCUAAUAACCCGUGUCUCGGAGCUUGAUAUCAUGUACGAUAACGAAGUCCUUGAUGCGCUCAUUGUCCGGAACGGACAGGAGAUGCGCAUUAAGGUGCCUACGGUGCCCACUGAGCAGCUUGAGACGGACCGUGCUGUGGUUUUCUGCGGUGCGGUGCUGCAGAAGCCUCACCAUGCGGUUCGGCAACAGAUCUCCAAGCUCCACAGUGAGAUCUACGUUAGUGCGAGGAGCCGUGGAUCUCCCUCGUACCAGUAUGGGCUGGCGCCGACGAACUUUAUCACCGCUGUCAACGGUGUGGAGACGCGGGAUCUGGACAGCUUCGUGCGAGAAGUAAACAAGAUCCCAGACAACACUUAUUUCCGUCUUCGGGCCGUGACGUUCGACAACGUCCCGUGGGUCGUGACUAUGAAGAAGAAUGACCAUUAUGUACGGAUCCCGAAUUUAGAACCCGUAUUAUCGAUCUCCAUUACUGACACUCUUGCAGUUCCCCAUGUCUGAAUACAUCAAAGACCCAUCUGUCCCCGCGGGAUGGAGGACCGUCUCAUAUGAGAAGGGUAAAGAGAGACGCGGCGUGACGGCUGACUCCUCUAACCUCAACGCCGAUGCGAUGGACGAAGGCAUAGACGACGGACCCAGCGACGUCGAACCGGAAGUUGAUGUAGAAUAGGUCUAAGGGCGAGAGCCUGUUGUAAAAUAACAUAGAAUACUGAAAGAUUUCUGGUACAGCCGGGCCUUGUCUCUCGGCCAGGGCCUUCAAUACUGUAUAUUGUUACGUGACAAACUCAUCCGAUGAUGUAUCA